AACAUUGGCCUUGAUCUAGGCUAGUGCAUGACUAUUACGAAAAUACAUAUGUAGUACCAAGUUAAAAAAACAUCAAUGAACUUGAUACCUCUACACGAUUCAUGCUUUUCUCUGACAACUUUUUAUGUUAUCAAUGACAUGAUAGACACAAGCAAACUGUUUGAGGUGCUGAAAUUAAUUGUGACACCCUGUAUUACUGCAUUGUAUGUAGUAUUGAGCGUAUAACCAAAAAACGCGUGGUUCAUAAAAAUGUAAUUGUCUAUGACAUGGCUCGAGCAUGUAUAUUCACGCAAUUGAAACAUUGCAACAAUGUAACCCGAUUAUUCAGCACAAAAACGAUUUCUAACCUAAAAUCUGCGACACAAGCUGACAUAAUAGGGCCACCCGAUCCGGUCUCGAAUUUGCGGCCGAUAAUAUUUGCGAAACCGAAAAAUGAGACGAACCUCGAAAAGAAGUACAGAGAGGCUAGGGAGGCUACUCAAAUUUGGAACCAAAAUUUUUGGACACGACACAAUGCCAGUUUUACAGAAGAACGUAAGCAAUUCCAAGAUAAGUUAAAGGAUCAGGGAAAGACCUCGAUCACUGCAGAUGACAUGUCAGUAUUUUAUAAACAAUUUUUAGAUAAAAACUGGAAAACUCACUUGAAUUAUAAUAUCAUUUGGUACAAGAGAAACAUUAAACUACUGUUACUUGAGAUCAGAGUAAGAGUGUCUAAGUUGAAGUUCAAGUAACUUGGUGCAUCUAUAUUCAACCAAAGACUGCAUACAUCUUUUCUGCAGAAUAUUGCAAUGUUGCGUGUAUGUACAAUGUAAAUUUAUAUCUAUAGUGUAUUACCUGAAAAGUGACCAUAGUAAAAUAUAUACAUUAUGAUAUAUUUAUUGGUAGAAAUCUAUGAAGCUCAAAUUAUUUAAACUUAUUCCUGUAACACAUUUUAGGAACAUGAGCAUUCAAUUUUACUAUAAUUGCAUUAUACCACAUAAUUAUUUAUUCUUUGAAUAGAUUUUGAGUGGUUUUGGAGAA